AUGUCUUACCGUGACAACGACAACGACAACUCCGGCUCCUACGGUGGUAGCGACAGCUACGGAUCCAACCGCAGAGACAAUGACAGCUACGGGUCUUCCGGCCGCAAUGAGUCUGACAGCUACGGCUCCUCUCGCCAGGAAAAUGACUCUUAUGGCUCUUCUGGCCGCACUGGCGGAAACAACACUAGCUCUUACAACACAUCCAGCACCACCAGUGGCGGUACCUAUGGUUCUUCUCGCCGGGAUGAUGACGAUGACAAUUCGUACGGCUCCUCCGGUCGCACCGGUGGAGGCAACAACAGCUCAUACAACUCAUCCAGCAACAUCGGCGGAAGCAACACAUAUGGUUCCUCCCGCAAAGACGAUGAUGAUGACAACUCUUACGGCUCUUCCCGCAAGGAUGACAACACUUAUGGUUCUUCUGGUCGCACUGGAGGAAGCAACACAUACGGUUCUUCACGUAAGGAUGAUGACGAUGACAAUACGUAUGGCUCCUCUCGCAAGGACGAAAGCACAUACGGCUCUUCUGGCCGUACCGGUGGAAGCAACACCUACGGUUCCCGAAAUGACGAUGAUGACAACUCAUAUGGUUCUUCCCGCAAGGAUGAUGAUACUUAUGGUUCUUCUGGUCGCACUGGCGGAAGUAACACAUACGGCUCCUCGCGCAAAGACGACGAUGACGACAACUCAUAUGGCUCAUCCCGCAAGGAUGAGAGCACAUACGGCUCUUCCGGCCGUACUGGCGGAAGCAAUACAUACGGCUCAUCCCGCAAGGACGAUGAUGACGACAACACUUAUGGUUCAGGUAACAAGAGCUCAUAUGGGUCCAGCAAGAGAGACGAUGACGAUGACAACACCUAUGGCUCUGGUAACAAGAGCUCCUACGGUUCCAGCAAGAAAGAUGACGACGACAAUACCUACGGUUCAGGUAACAAGAGCUCCUACGGCUCCAGCGACAAUACCUAUGGUUCAUCCACUGGCGGCUAUGGCUCGUCUAACCGCCGCGAUGACGACGAUGAUGACAACGACAACAACAAGAAGGGCAGCACCUUCGGAAAGGUCUUGGAUGCGGCUGGUGACAUUCUGAGCAAGACUAACCUCAACGACCGCAACAACCGGGAAUAG